UGGUGGAGCGGCCGGUGGAGCGGCGGGGGCCCCGCGGCCAAGGCGACACCAACUUGGCGCCACACUUUGCCCCGCACGCACUGCACACUACACACACUACACACUACACACACCGACACACACUACACACACCGACACACCGACACACACACACCGACACACACCGACCGACCGGACCCGGGGGACACCGGGCGGCCCGGACCGGCCUGGGGGCAACAAAAUGGAGUGAAAGGACGACGACGAGAAGGAGGAGGAGGAAGAAGAAGAAGAAAAGGAGGAGGAGGAUGAGGAUGGAGGGGCCCCCGCAGCUGCAAGGAGCGAGCCCUGCCAGAGAGGUGCCCCGGUUUCUCUCGGAAGAGACUUUCCCCCCGUCCUGGAUGGAUUUCCGGGAUUGUGGUUUGCAAGAGGGAAAUUUCUCCCCGAGGACUUCGUUCCAGCAAAAAGGGCCUCCCCCCACCCGCCCUGGGCGGCCUUGAGGUGCGGCUUGGAUUCUGGGGGGACCAGAGGCCCGGAAAACUCCAGCCUCGCUCAGGGCGAGAAGGCGGCACCCCCGGCGUGACAGCCACACGGAGGCUGCCCCAGCAUUACAUUCCCAGCUAAAAGAAGAAGCCAGAUCCCGCUCCUUGUCGGAACUCGGUUUCCCGGCCCUCGUGCCCCAGCCUCCUUCGAACUCCGCAAGUCGAACCACCGCAGAGCGGUAGGCCCCGGGCCGAGGAGGCGUGCGACGCUUGCGUGUGGGGGUUUGCGCACGCGCCGGAUCUCCCCCGUGUUCAAGUGGGGUGGGGGGGCGUCGCCCCCGCUCCCCCCCAGCCAUGGCGUUGAAGGGCCGGGCGCUGUACGACUUCCAGAGCGAAAAUAAAGAGGAGAUCAGCAUCCAGCAGGGCGAGGAGCUGGUGGUGUUCAGCGAGCACUCCCUGGAUGGGUGGCUGCAGGGCCAGAACAGCCGGGGCCAGACGGGCCUGUUCCCGGCCUCCUACGUGGAGGUCGUGCGCGCCCGCUCCGGGUCCAGCCCCGCGGGCUCUCCCGGCGGCGACGGCGCCUUCCCCGGGGCCCCGGCCGGCGGUGUCGGCGCCUUCCCCGGGGCCCCGGCCGGCGGUGUCGGCGGCGGCGACGGCGGCGACGGCCACCGCUGGGGCAGCUUCGAGGACGACGACGACGACGACGACGACUGGGACGACUGGGACGACGGGGGCCCGGCGGCGGAGGAGCCGCGGGGGGCCGGGCCGGGCGCCAACGGGCACCCGCCGCUCAACCUGUCCUACCCGGGGGCCUACCCCAAGCAGCACAUGGGCUUCCGGGCCGCGGGGCCCCUGGAGCGCCAGGACAGCUCGGCCUCGGCCAAGCGGGGCAGCGUGGUGGGGCGCAACCUGAACCGCUUCUCCUGCUUCGUGCGCUCCGGGGUGGAGGCCUUCAUCCUGGGGGACGUGCCCCCGCCGGCCCAGGUGGCCGAGACCUACUGCAUCGAGAUGGGCCCCCGCGGGCCCCAGUGGCGGGCCAACCCGCACCCGUUGGCCUGCUCCGUGGAGGACCCCACCCGGCAGACCAAGUUCAAGGGCAUCAAGAGCUACAUCUCCUACAAGCUGACGCCCGGCCGGGCCGGCGCCCCCGUCUACCGGCGCUACAAGCACUUCGACUGGCUCUACAACCGCCUGCUGCACAAGUUCACGGUCAUCUCGGUGCCCCACCUGCCCGAGAAGCAGGCCACCGGCCGCUUCGACGAGGACUUCAUCGAGAAGCGCAAGCGGCGGCUGGUCCUCUGGAUGGACCACAUGACCAGCCACCCCGUGCUCUCCCAGUACGAGGGCUUCCGCCACUUCCUCAGCUGCGGCGACGCCAAGCAGUGGAAGAUGGGCAAGCGGCGGGCCGAGAGGGACGAGAUGGUGGGCGCCAGCUUCCUCCUCACCUUCCGGAUCCCCACCGAGCACCAGGACCUGCAGGACGUGGAGGACCGCGUGGACACCUUCAAGGCCUUCAGCAAGAAGAUGGACGACAGCGUGCUGCAGCUGAGCGGCGUGGCCUCGGAGCUGGUGCGCAAGCACCUGGGCGGCUUCCGCAAGGAGUUCCAGAAGCUGGGCCAGGCCUUCCAGGCCGUCAGCCACUCCUUCCAGCUGGACCCCCCCUACAGCUCGGACGCCCUCAACGGUGCCAUCUCGCACACGGGCAAGACCUACGAGGCCGUCGGGGAGAUGUUUGCCGAGCAGCCCAAGAACGACCUCUUCCAGAUGUUGGACACUCUGACCCUCUACCAGGGGCUGCUCUCCAACUUCCCGGACAUCAUCCACCUGCAGAAAGGAGCCUUCGCCAAGGUGAAGGAGAGCCAGCGCAUGAGCGACGAGGGCAAGAUGGACCAGGACGAGGCGGACGGGAUCCGCAAACGGUGCCGGGUGGUCGGCUUCGCCCUGCAGGCCGAGAUGAACCACUUUCACGAGCGCCGGGUGCUGGACUUCAAGCAGAUGAUGCAGGCCUACCUGAAGCAGCAGAUCCUCUUCUUCCAGCGCGUCAGCCAGCAGCUGGAGAAGACCCUGCACAUGUAUGACAGCCUCUAACAUACCUCCCCUCCCCCCCAGCCCCGGGCCCCCCGCUCUCCUCCGUCCGUUGGGACCCCGCAGGACUACCUUUCAGGAGGCUGAGCGGAAAGGGAAACUCCGGACAGACGUGACCAAAUUCCACCUUCUCCCCUUCCCUUGAGGGUGUGUGUGCGUGCGUGCGUGUGUGUGUCUGUGUACACGUGUGCGUGUGUUUGUGUGUGUGCGCACCCGACCUGGAGCUGCUUCGCUGAGACCAAACAGGAUGUAAUGACACUAAUGACUCUGAGACCAUCCAGACCCACCCUGGCUCAGCCUCCUUCCGGCCCAAGCGGGGACCUGGGUUCAAGGGAACGUGCCUGCAGAGGCAGGGAGGCCGGGAAGAGGCCUGGCGACUGACGGUUGAAGACCCUCGGAGGACUUUAGAGAUGGGCUGGCCAGGGGAGGCCUCCCCGGGUCUCUGAGCCCCGGGGCCGAUCGGGUCUCGGGCUUGACGUUUUUCCAUCCCGCUGCCCGAUCCGGACGGGGUCGAACAGAGCAGCAGUGGGAGACCCUUUGCAGUGGGGCGGGGAAGUGGAUGUCCCUCCCUCCCCCCUCCCCAAACCAAAUCCACUGCCUUUUACUUCCAAAUUGACAAGGCGUUAUUUUUUUUCUCCUGCAGAAUUCAGUAAAGGCCACGGUGGUGGGC